AUGACAUAUGAUUCAUCAAAAAGUAGAGGCGUGGUGAUGUACUGGCAGAUCAGUGACUUCGCCAAUGGACUAGAACAUAUUAACAAGGGUGUAAUUGAUAAGCACGUAUCCUCAAAUCAGAAAUUUCAAAUCGAUCAACACCUUGCUACAGCCACUCACAAGGAAAUGGAGAAAGGAUUUAACGGGAAAGUGCAACAAACGUUUGUUUCAACUGCAUUAUGUGCCAGCUCCCAACAAAACCAGGAUUCUAAAAAUGAAUUUUAUUUUGAUUUAUGCAACUCCAUUGCACAAUCAAACUUACCAUGUAAUAAAUAAGAGCAACCGGCGUUCCGUAAAUUUUUAGAAAAAUAUUGUAACCGCCAUAUCCCAAAUGCAUCCACAUUGCGCAAAAACUAUUUGAGGAAAUGUGACUAGGUACGUUUAGAAAAUAUUACGGAUAAGUUAUGCAACACAAAUAUUUAUAUUCAAGUUGAAGAUACAACAGAUGCAUGUGGUCGUUAUGUUGCCAAUAUACUUGUUGGUAUUUUAAACGAGUCUACCCCUCCAGUGUCUUAUUUAAUUGA